AUGCCAGGACUGACGAAAGGAGAUCAAGGAACAUUGCUGCCUGGUGAAGCAGUCCAUCCGACAGACGAAGCUGCCCAGAGAGCUCUUCAAAGAAUGAUGGGAGGGAAGUUGAAGGCCGAAGACGCACUCAGUGCCCUUGAACUGCAAGCUGACAAAUGGGAGGCAUGGAUGAGAAGUGUUACCCCUGGGGCGAUGACAGACGCUCAGGCCGCCAAAUAUGCAGCUUACCAAGAACAACUGACUGCUCUAAAGGAAAAACAGGGCGCCCUCAAGGAAAAAAUUCAAGGAGAGUUAAAAAAAAUGAGGGACGAGCUUACCUCCACUGCAGCCCAGCUUCGCGCCGACCUUCUCAAUCUGAAGGACUGGAAGCGGGUGUAUGAAGAAGAGCUCCUACUCACUGAGUUAGCUAGUGCCCGUCUCACGGACAGCAUUGCACAGGAGACCGCAAACGAAACGGCUGAAGCAGAGAUUCAGUCAAGGCUUGAGAACUCUACAGCACAGGUACAGCAGCUACAUCAAGAGCUUCAAAAGCAGCAGGGUUCAUGUUGGCUUCUAGACGAUGAGCGCGCCGCAGCACAACACGACCAAAAAACUAAAGGAACUGCACUUCUUGCAGCUCUUGGGCUCGUACAUGUUCCAUCUGAGACCCUCGCCGCUGUCAAUAAGAAGCUUAAUGAUGCGUGA